UAAAUCACGGGUAAUCUACAGCACUUGUUCCUUGUUUGACGUCACGAGGAACGGACCUGGGCGUAAUGUAAUACAAAGUAAGCGUGCCAUUGGUUAAGAAGUUAGCCAAUGAGUGCAGUCCAUCCCUCUUCUACUCUGGAGUGUUGCCUGAGCGGAUCAAAGUUGGUGUUGACUUUAGAAAGUUUGAGCUGCGCCUGGUUCUUCGCACUUAACGGGAUAGUCCAGAGCAACAACAGAGGAUUCUGAAGUAAUCGAUCGCUUUAAGAUUUGUAGUUCUCAUAAGUGGGGGCAGGCCGCAGGCUGUUGACUAUCGGUGCAAUGUACACUGCAGGAUUGACUCCGUUUUACGCUUCUAGCCUUGGCUUUUGGUCGGCCGCUGCUGCCUACUGUUCGGCUGGCGGGGGGUUCCCCAUGGACCACAAUGCCAAGAAGCCGUCUUUCUGUAUUGCGGAUAUUUUGCAUCAUGUUGCCAGUGGAGAGCCAGAGACCCUAGCCACCUCUUCUCUUGUAAUGACACAACACGGCUCCUCACCUCUGCGUCCCACACCAUUACCUGCCACAGAGCCCCCUUCGGCGGCCACUGAUUUCUCCUCGCGGGGCUCUCCUGCUUCUUCUUAUCAAGUUUUUCCUGGACGAGUACAGCAAAGGCCACCACCCCUCAGCAAAGAUCUGAAGUUUGGCAUUGAUCGCAUCCUCUCGUCUGAUUUUGAGCCGUGCAUGAGAAGCAAAGAAGGCAGACUGAGUAGUAUUAAAGAUCUAACAACUUUAAUGGCAGUGACCCACAACCCGGGAGUUAACUACCCCAGCCUGCAGUCUACAGGUAGUCCGUUCUUUGCAUCUUUAGAGUCUGGAGUUAGUGAUCAUUCCUCUGUUCUUGGAUCUUUAACUGGAAAUCCCAGAGGUUCAAUUCAGUAUCAGGACACCUUUCCAGGGCCUUACGCAGUACUGACGAAAGACACCAUGCCUCAGACUUACAAAAGGAAAAGGUCUUGGUCAAGAGCAGUCUUUUCCAAUCUGCAAAGAAAAGGUUUAGAAAAGAGGUUUGAAAUUCAGAAAUACGUUACCAAGCCGGACCGAAAACAGCUGGCGGCAAUGCUGGGACUCACUGACGCACAAGUUAAAGUGUGGUUCCAAAAUAGGCGGAUGAAGUGGAGACAUUCAAAGGAGGCCCAAGCACAGAAGGAGAAGGAACUGCAGCAGCAGGAGACUUCCCCUACUUCAGAGACUGUGGAAGCUGAGCUAAACCCAGGAAGUCCGCACUCUGAUGGAGAACUCAUUUCUGAAAGCUCUUGCAGUGACGUCGAGUCCCUGGAUUUGCAGGACAAAAGUGACUUGGAUGUAAGGGAACAGAAUCACAAGACUAGUGUCAUCAAAUCUGGGACAUUCCAGGGCAGCAGCAACAGUGAUGGGCCUUUAGUAGUAUCAAGUAAUAGCUUAUCUGUCUCAGAAACGUCUGUUGCAUCACCCAGUACACAAAUUAUGGUAUAAUUCUGGGAUUUACUCGGUUACGAACAAUGACAUUUCUAUGCAUAAAACACACACACGCACAUACACUUAUUUGUGAUUUGGACUUAGGUGGCUUUAAAGCCAGUGAGUUUUAUUAAUAAAAAGCACUAUAUUAAUAUGCUGAGACAAACUUUAAAUUAUAAGAAAACUAACUGGUGGUGCGUAUUUUUGUAAUAAUAUGCAAUAUGAUGUGUAUAAUACAAUGGAACAUUUAUUUGAAUUCCUCUCAAGUGUGAGAUUCACUUCAAUCUCUCAAAGACUUCCUGCUUCUGGACAUCUUGGAUAAACAAAAUGUGAAUUUUUUUUCUUCAGAGUACAAGUCUGUUGCUUCCUCUGUCAUAUUACAGGAUUUUGCACUGAAAAUAUUGUAAAUAAACAUUUUUCUCCUAUUUGUAAAA